AUGGCUGGCAAUAUCUCCAUCACCAACCUGGGCCUCGCCGAUGCUCGCAUCGACGAAGCAGAGGUUAUAACCCCCAAGCAAGAACAGACAACUUCCGUGUCUCACGAGGUUCCACCUUCCGUCCUGCAUGGCAAUGGGACAAUCUACCUGGAUUCCAGCAUCACUUUUGAGAACCAUGCCUACUGGGCCAAGAGAUCUCGCGAGGAAGUGCCCGCCAUGACCGACGCCACCGAGAAGAAGAGCGACCUCCCACCAACAGGCGAAACCAACACCGCCGAUGCAACCGACAGCUGGGGAAUCACCGAGUCAGAGUGGGAGCAUGCCCAGCGAGCUGUGCGAACUGCAUCCUGGGGCUCGAUCUUUUAUCUGAUUGCCACGGACCUCCUCGGGCCAAACAGUGUCCCAUGGGCCUUCAGCAAGAUGGGAUAUGGACCUGGCGUUGUGCUGUAUACCGUCUUUGGGGCCAUGUCUUGUUACUCCGGUCUCCAACUAUGGAAGAUGUUCGUCGGCCUCGACUCGACUCGGUUCCCGAUGCGCAACUACGGCGAUGUAGCAUUCCGUGUCUAUGGAAGCUGGGCACGUAUAUUCGUUAACGUCUUGCAGAGUUUCCAAUUUCUGAUGAACGUUACGUUGCUCAUUGAAACUAACGGACAAGGAUUGGCACAGAUGGCCGCUGGCGCCAACCAAAAGGGUUUCCUGUGCUUUAUUGUUGCUCAGAUCAUCUUCAUGGUCAUUGGGCUUGUGCUUGGUCAGAUCCGCACCUUGCAACGUCUUUCGUUCCUAGCCACCAUUGCUCUUUGGUUGAAUAUAGUCGUCGUCAUCCUGACCAUGGCCGUGGUUCACCAAUACCCGCCGAACUAUUCAGCCUCGUUGACUAGCUACAGAACCCCCAAGGGUCCCAUCGAGACAAGCGGGUACUGGCCAUCAGACUCGGCUCUGCAUGACAAGAUCAACGCCCUCAUGAACGCGGUCUUCUCAUACGGAGGCGCAACUUUGUUCAACGAACUCAUGGCGGAGAUGAGACGACCUUAUGAUUUCUGGAAAGGUUUCAUCAUUGCCGAGGCUUUUAUCUAUUCCUGCUACAUCAUCGUCGGCAUGGUUGUUUAUCGUGCUCAGGGUCAAUUCACCUUCAACCCUGCCUACCAGGGUAUCCCGGACUCGGCCUACAAAUAUCAGACCGUGGGCAACGCCAUCUCCUUCUUGACUAAUGCAAUCGCAGCAAUCUUGUACGGUAACAUCGGUAUCAAGGUCCUUUACUCCAGCGUCCAGCGUGACAUAUUUCAUUUUCCACCACUGGACAGUCGACUCGGCAAAUGGCUAUGGAUUGUACUAGUUCCGGUAUACUGGAUAAUCGCCUGGGUGAUAGCAGCCGCAAUCCCACAAAUCAGCUACCUAGGCUCAUUCGUAGAUGCAGCCUGCAUCCUGCAAUUCUCAUACACCUUCCCUCCACUGCUAUUGGUGGGAUAUAAUGUGCAGAAGGAUUCGAUCCUCGCCGAAGAAGAAUUCAACCCACAGACUGGCCAGGCGCAGCGUUUAGACAGUGGGUUCCAGCGUUGGAUGAGAGGUUACAAGAAGAAGUUCGUCUGGAACACUUUUGAUCUUAUCUACGCGCUUGCUGCGCUUUCUACUGCUGGUUUGGGGAUUUGGGCUUCUGUUCAUUCUAUGACUAAGGCUUUCAAGGAGACUAAACUGACGCCUUUUACCUGUGCCAAUUCCGCUGGUUAA